AUGCCAACCUGGCAAGAGGUCGCCGAAGCCAAGCGUGCGCAGCGCGAAGCUCUCAUCCCCUCCAACUACAAGGUUGUUCCCGAAGCGCUGCCUCCCGUGAAUACAGACCCUGUCAUCGACUUUCCACGUACCACUGGCAUCCUUUCCGAACGCGAGAUCGAGAUUACAGAAACAGACGAUGUCUCUGCUCUCCUGUCGAAGCUCGCCAGUGGCAGCUACACCGCGGUCGAGGUGCUGGAAGCGUUCAUCAAGAGGUCAUGUAUUGCUCAUCAGCUAGUGAACCCUCUGACCGAGAUUCACUUUGAAGAUGCGAGAAAGUGGGCCGCGGAGCUCGAUGCCGAGCUGAAGUCGACCGGCAAGCGGCGCGGUCCUCUUCAUGGUCUUCCCAUAAGCGUCAAGGAUCAGUUCCAAAUUAAGGGUUCCGACGCAACAAUUGGCUACGUCAGCUACUCGAACAAGCCCUCGACUUCUGACUCUGUCUUGGUCGAGGUGCUCAAGAAAGCUGGAGCCGUGCCAUUCGUCAAGACAAAUCUGCCUCAGACGAUCAUGUACUCGGAGUCAUCGAACUAUCUGUGGGGCACGACGGUGAACCCGCACAACCGCACGUUGCAUCCGGGUGGCUCGUCGGGAGGUGAGGGUGCCUUGAUCGCGAUGAAGGGCUCACCCUUGGGAGUGGGAACAGACGUCGGAGGCUCGGUCAGGAUUCCUGCUGCCUUGUGUGGACUGUUCGGCUUGCGACCCUGCUCGCACAGAUUCCCGUAUGAGGGUGCGGUCAACUCGCUGCUGGGACAGAUCACGAUCCCAUCUGUCCUUGGGCCGAUGAGUCGGUCAUUGUCAGGCUUGACUGAGUUUUCCAAGGCAGUUCUGGCACAGCAGCCGUGGCUUUUGGAACCACAGACGCUUUCAAUGCCAUGGAACGAAGACCGCUUCCAACAGGCUCGCACACAGAAGAAGCUCCACAUCGGCGUCAUGUGGCACGACGGCAAGGUCAAGCCCUUUCCACCUUACGAGCGUGCUAUCAAAGAAGUCCUCUGCACGCUAUCAGGUCACGAUGUGAUCGACUUUGAACCUUACAAGACAGACGAAGCACUCAAGAUCCUGGGUGAUGCAUUCUGUGCCGACGGAGGCAAAGACAUCAGAGAAGCAAUAGAACCGCUGGAUGAGCCACUGGGACCUUGCCUGAUCGGCGAGCGCGAAUACGGCGGCUUUGAAGUCUGGCAAGCCAACAAGCAAAAGCUCGCGUUCCAAAAAGCUUACCUCGACCAUUGGAACGCUACUGCUAAGCAGACUAAGGACGGCCGACCGAUCGACAUUCUCAUCGUGCCAGGUAUGGCGUACACUGCCAUUCCACCUGGAAGCGAGAUUUACAUCACCUACACGGGUAUAUUCAAUGUCGUUGACUACCCUGCUGUCGUCCUUCCAAUCACGAAGGUGGACCCUGCGGUAGAUGGAAAGGUCGCUCCCAGGACGAACGACUUCUUGUCGGAGGAUGAUGAGAAGUGGUACAAGAAGUGGGAGGCAGCAAAGCUUGUCAAUGCGCCGGUCAGUAUCCAGAUUGUCGGAAGGAGAUAUGAGGAGGAAGCGGUGCUGGGGUAUGCCGAGCAGGUGUGGAAAGCCUUUGCUGCUUCCAAGCAGAAGAGCUGA